GCUACGCCAGUAUCUGCUGCACCAGUGGCCAUGGACCUUGAAUUUGUGGCAGUAUAGAGCGUCAUAGGCGCUGUUCAGAAUCACGUUUGCUACCGUGCUUGCUUGACCCCUGAAGUUUUUUCUUCAACGGCCUACACACUCGUGGAGCUGUGGUGUUCCGGCGUGGCUACAGCUUAUUCAACGAGCGACGAUGCUGCAGGGUCAAGUGGUUCUCCUUGCAACAGCAGCGUGCAUGCUAGAAUUCAUACCAACGUCUGCGACAAGCGACCACCGUCGGCCCGUCUACGUCUUCGGACAUAUGGCGAACAGCCUGCGAGAGUUGGACGAUUUCAUGGAGCAGGGCGUCAAUGCCAUCGAAGCCGACGUCACUUUUGCGCCUAAUGGGACGGUGACAAAGUUUUACCACGGUCCGGGCUGCGAUUAUGGCCGCGACUGCGAGCAGGAGACCGACGUCGGCGUCUACCUCACCUAUCUCAAGGACACAGUGAGCGCAGAAAAUGGACGCUACAGGAACAAAAUGCUACUCCUCUACGUUGACAUCAAAACUGCAAACCUACGCGGAAGAGAAAAUAUGUACGCAGGGGGUGUUAGCCUGGCCGAGAAUCUGAUGCGCUACCUUUGGAGUGAAGGUUUUGACGUGAGCGGCAACAAUUUUCUCUCAACUAUCGCCACGAUGUUCGAGAAGCUCGGUGUGACACGACACCGCUGGCAAGGAGACGGCACCAACAACCGAUUCAUAGAUAUCUACCCUACGCUUCGGAUGUCCUGGGUGACUGCUCGGCGAUCUCUCAACAGCUCAGUGCACGAUUAUGUGGACAAGGCCUACGUUUGGACAGCUGACAACGCAUUCACAAUCCGCCGAUUUUUCAGGAAGAAUAUUGACGGCAUUGUGACAAACUCUCCAGGAAACGCAUUGAACGUUCUCAAGGAAGAAGAGUUUUCCAUCAAGUAUAGGCUUGCUAAUAGUCUGGACGAUCCGUGGAAACGAGUUAUUUAGCCUGCGCAGCAACACUGACAGCAAAUUUCCUUUUGUAAUCGCAUUACGCGCAUUGGUAUUGGAGGAAUAAAG